AUUCUGGGUGCAGGCCUCCGCGCCGCAGGGACCUUUGGCCGCCGCCGUCUCCAUCGCGCCGCGCUCGUCCAGGAAAUGGCGCGAGUGGCCGCAGGCGACGGGCCGGGUGCCCCGCGCUCCCCUCCCCCGCGGUGGCCACCGCGUGUCCGCAGACGUCACGGCCGGCGCUGCUCCCCGGGAGAGGGGCAGCCGGGGCCGAGACCCGGGGAGAGAGGGAGGGAGAGAGGGAGCAGUGUUCUGGGAAGAAGGGUCGUGGUCCACCACAGAUGCGUUUGACAGAGGGAGCAGUGGAGAUUCGGGUCAAGGCUUAAGGCCUGGGGCUUCCAAUGAUACUCUGGGCAGGGAUGGAAGCCUAGAUGCCUCACCGCAAGGAGCGGCCGAGCGGGUCCUCGCUUAACGCACACGGCAGCAGCGGCACGGCGGAGGGAGGAAAUAUGUCCCGGCUGUCACUCACCCGGUCGCCUGUGUCUCCCCUGGCUGCCCAGGGGAUCCCACUGCCAGCUCAGCUCACCAAAGCCAAUGCACCUGUGCACAUCGAUGUGGGAGGUCACAUGUAUACGAGCAGCCUGGCCACACUCACCAAGUACCCUGACUCCAGAAUAAGCCGUCUCUUCAACGGCACGGAGCCCAUUGUCCUAGACAGUCUCAAGCAACAUUAUUUCAUCGACCGCGAUGGGGAGAUUUUCCGCUACAUCCUGAGUUUCCUGCGGACGUCAAAACUGCUGCUUCCAGAUGACUUCAAGGACUUCAACCUGCUGUAUGAGGAGGCGAGGUACUACCAGCUGCAGCCCAUGGUGCGUGAGCUGGAGCGCUGGCAGCAAGACCAAGAGCAACGACGUCGCAGCCGGGCCUGCGACUGCCUGGUGGUGCGGGUCACCCCUGACUUGGGUGAACGGAUCGCGCUCAGUGGUGAGAAGGCCCUCAUUGAGGAGGUCUUCCCGGAGACUGGAGACGUCAUGUGCAACUCUGUCAAUGCUGGCUGGAACCAGGACCCCACGCACGUCAUCCGUUUCCCUCUCAACGGCUACUGUAGACUCAACUCAGUGCAGGUCCUAGAAAGGCUGUUUCAGAGAGGGUUCAGCGUGGCCGCCUCCUGCGGGGGUGGUGUGGACUCUUCCCAGUUCAGCGAAUAUGUUCUUUGCCGGGAAGAGCGGCGACCACAGCCCACCCCAACUGCUGUCCGGAUAAAGCAGGAGCCCCUGGACUAGGCGCUGCCUCGGUGCCCACCUAAGACCCCUCAGUCCUGGGGCAACCCCAGGGACAUGGAAAUAACGCUGAGGAGUUCUGCCUGUUUGUGCUUCACAGUGGGCACAAGACUGAGGGCGGGAUCGGAGGGUCUGUGCUCACCCCUGGGAAUGCCAGGUGCAGAGGCGUGUCCACGGAAGGACUGUUGAUGUGACCAGGGGAUGCUGCUGCUCCUGCUGCAACUGUGCUGCCAGCCUCCGGGCCCUCCUGCUCCUCGGCCUGGUACAGCGUCCUCUGCUGGGCCAGUCACUCCAGAGCAGCUGUUUCUCCUCCACACUUGGCAGACAUAUUUUUCUACAGUAUUUAAAACAGUACUAACUGUCUCGCUGCACAGGUCGGCAAGGCUAACGAGGACCAUCGCUGCUUUUACCUGGUGCUCAGUUCUCAGUCUAACUGUUCAGCAAGCCUUGCAAAGGAUGGGCUGCCGGCAUUCGGGGCCCAGGUGCCUGCUGAGCUGGGUCUGUGGGGACAGAUGUGAGGUGGCGGUGCUACAGGAGGUGGAACAGAGUCCUCUAGGGGCAGGGCAGCGGGGAAGAGGGCAAUGGGGGCUUUGUGACUCUGUGACUUUUAUCUGAGAUACUCUGCUGCCACCUGUGUCCCAGACUGCACUUGGUGCACACCUGACCUGUUAAUGCCCAGGGGCUUCCAAUCCCGACUGACUGUGCUCACAUCUGGGGGUUCUUGGAGAAGUCUCCGCCCACCCAGUCAGCAUGUGGGCCACAGCUUAUCUCAGGAAUGGGCCCUUCUACCAAGGGACCCAUCUGUCAGCAUCACUCUCUGGGUCCCCAGCUCAGGGAACCACCCUCCACCCUAGCGCCAGUUUCCCCAUUCAUAUGCACACCAAGUGUUAAUGAAAUGCCCUAAACUAGCCUGUCUGUAAGACCCAGACCCAAGCUUACCUAGUGCUCUUAACCCCAGAUUUCCAACAAGGACUGGUCCUGAGAGGUCCUCACAGAUCUGCUCUUCUCCCAGACGACAGGGCCAAAAGAUGGAUACCCUGGCCUUGCCACAUCUCCCCUAGCUCCUCCCAAGUGGAGGAACCGCAAAGAACUGACAGAUGGGGUGCCCUGGCCGGCACCCCCCUUGUGUAUAACGCCUGUAGACUUGUAUAUGACUCCUUUAAUAUUGUAAAGAUGCUGAUGUACAAUUGUUCUGUGUUUGUGUGAACACACCGCGUUCCCGGUUCAUGCCAUAAAGAACGCUAUAAAGCAAAAGACUGAGGCUCCGUCCUGUGCAGAAGCUGCAGCCAGAUUCCCACACUUGACUUCUGGCAGAGAGGGUUGGGGGGGGGGGCAGUUUCCUUCCUUGGUUCUUGUGGGUCAAAUCGAGGAAGGAGCAUCCAUCAGUGGGAGGCACUGGGUCACAAUCCUGCUCUUAUUACUGCAUUUGGGUGUUUUCAUUACUUCUGCAGAUCCCCUCUGGGCUACAGGGAUUCAGAAUUCUGAUUCUUAGCCCCUAACCAAAUGCAAAACUGAGAGGUUAAAGCAAGUUUCUUCUGGUUUCAGACCAGGCUCAAGUGUUUUUCACAUGGAAUUUCACAUGGUAUUUUAGCUGGAACUGAGGUGGUGCUCCUCCUCUUCCUCUUCUUCCUCCUCCUCCUCCUCUUCUUUCUCCUCUUCCUCCUCCUCUUCCUCUUCUUCUUCCUCCUCUUCCUCCUCCUCCUCUUCUUCUUCCUCUUCUUCUUUCUCCUCCUCCUCUUCUUCCUCUUCCUCCUCUUCUUCUUCCUCCUCCUCUUCCUCCUCCUUUUCUUCCUCCUCCUUGACAUCUGUUUUUCUUGAGAACUCACUGUGAAUCCAGGCUGGCCUAGAACUCACUGUGUACUCCUGAUUGACCUGAGACUCCCAAGUCCUGGGAUUUCCAUCUGUUUGCUAUAUCUAACUUGCUCCCUUUAAACCCCGACACACGUACACAAUGGUAUGAGAAGCUCAGACCAGCCAAGAGACAGAGGCUGUGCAGCCAGCAUGCAAACUGAAUUGUGUGAUGUCCCCUUCCAGGGAAGGAGUUAGGACAUGUCAUAGAGGCCCCUGGUUUUAAUGAGCUUUUUAUUUUUUUAUUUUUUCUCAAAGUCCUGUAUGUUUGAGUCCUCGUGGGCUCAAACAUUCAGGACUUUGAGUUAAAAAAAAAAAUUACAUGCCUGCCAAGGGCCACCAGCCACAGAGCUUGGGAGUACAGGCCAGCACCCUACAUGGCCACAGAGCUGCCAUCCCACUGUAGAAUCUAAUUUGCUGGUCAAACUUGUUAGGCUUCUCUGCUUAGCAGCAUGCCCACAGCUGGCACAUCUGCAUUUUGGCAUCAAGCAGGUAUCUGAGAGGAGGAAAAGGGUUGUGUUUGUUAGCAGGGAAACUUUGUGGAGACACCUAAUGCUGUGUGUGUCUGGAUCCCCCCCCCCCCGGCAUAACAGCUAGCGUGAGUCCUGAGGGGUGGAGAUUCUGUAGUUCUUUCAAGCCAUCUUUUUGUACAAGAAGUUGCAGCAGGGUGUGGUGGAUACUCCUGAAAUCCCAGCAGUUAGGAGGGGAACGCAGGAAGAUCAGGAGUUCAAGACCAUCCUCAGCUACCUAGCCAAGAAGCAUAAUUUUACACAGGUUUGGAGCUCUACUUGGGAGACUUGGGAUGGGAGGAUCACAAGUUGAAGGUCAGCCUAGGCAACUUAGAGCCUGUCUUAAAAGGUAAAAGGGGGCUGGGUGUGCCCAAGGACCUAGGUUCAACUCUACUAUCCCUCCUCACUGCCCAAACAAAAUAAUAAAAACAGACAAGCAAACACGAUUUUUUACAGCAACCAAAGCGUCUGAAUUUCCAGGGAAAUGCUGUGUUCCCGCGGUGAUCCUGUCAAAAUACCCUUCUAAAUGAUCUAUGUACUCUCCUUAAAGCAUAGAGACUGAACAUCUCACCAGAGUCUCCCCAUGAAAUACCAGCGCUACUCUCACAGCUCCCUUGUAAACCUCAGAACUAAUUAUUCUCUAUAAGCAACUGGACGGAGAGCUGGGAUCACACAGCCUCCCACCAGACCUCUGCCAGUCCAGAACCAGGGAAAGAUACAGCAGGUGGCCCCACCACUGCCUGGUGCAUGAACUCAAAGCCAGUUCACAACAUUAGUAAUACCUUUUGGAAAGUGAGUUUUUAAAAAAAGCUAUGACUUGAUUGUGUUCCUUAGAAACAAUAAAAGAUAUUUUAUAAAUGA